AUGUAUAGGUGGCCAAAGAUUUACUUGGAUCAGCUGGCUGCUUGCUUUGGGGCUGGCUUUGUUGCUAGCCGGCUGGUGAAAUGGAAGUGGAAUCUCUCGACUUGCUUCAGUGGAGUUGGGUGCGCGGAAAGUGCUGCCCUCUCACUCCAAACUGCAGCUAGGCGCUUUCUCAAGAAGCACCGCAAGAUGUCCGCGAUGGAUCAUGUUCGGAUUACAUCAGCUUGCGAAAUCGACAAAGCAUGUCAAGAAGUUCUUGGGGCCACAUACGGACAUUGCUGUUUCGAGGAUAUCGUAACCAUGGAUAUGGGCAAGAAGGUAUGCUAUUGCACGACUCACAAGAAGAACUGCGUUUUGGAGCCUGAUUUGGAAGACACAAACCGCCCAGUCUGUGUGGACUACAGCCUGAUGGGUAAGAGAGAGAAGGAGAAGGGGAAGUCGCAGGUUUGCCACCAAGCCUUCUACGACAAUAUGAAGAACAGCCAGAAUUCAGUGGUUGUGGUUGAGAAUGUUUGUGAAUACGAUGGAGAACGGAUAGUCCAACAGGCUUUGGGCAACAUUUGGAAACUGGAGGUGGUCCGAAUAGACCCAAGGAUUUUUGGGUUCGCUUCUGCACGUGCCCGGAUGUACCUCGUAGCCUACCGCAGCGACAAACUGCGUUGGGCGGGACCUUGGACCCUUCAAUCAUUUGUUGAGAUGUUGAGAUCUCGGGUGGAGAUGUCAGUGUGGGACUAUUUCUGGAUGAAGCUUCCCAAAUCCCAGCUGAGCCAAUCGAAUGAACAGAACUUGGCUGACUACAACAAGUCAUCGCGGACUUACAUGGUUGCAGACCUGAACCAAUAUGCGGCCAAUGGCCGUGGCAGGGGGGAGACAAAGGAUGAUUGCCUCCCUACAUUAACAACAGGAUCAGGAAGGCUGUACAGCCAGGAGAAGCGCCGUUUCCUUCACGGCACAGAGCUCCUCACCAGUCAUGUUCUUCCAUGCACAGAUGAACAUAGCAAGAUUUGUGGUGCUCCAAAAUUGGAGCUGCAGUCUAUUGCCAAUACCAACCUUGUUCGUAUGAGUGGGAAUGCAAUGUCAAUUCCUUGUGUAGGCUGCAUCCUGUUAGCCUGUGCCCUAUCCUUUCAGCCAAGGACCCAGCCGUGCAGGAACUAG